AUGGCAUCACUGGGAGUAGAAAAACUUCAAAAGAGAAUUAAUAGAAAAAGGCAAACAUCAUCCUUUAACUGUGAUUCUUCGAGUUCAAGCGAUACAGCAGCGAACUAUGGUGCGAGAGCGAAAAAAUAUCAUCACUUUAAAUACCCUAACGUUAUUUCAAAGUGGACCACGAAAACGUUGGAAGACUACGGAAUAGCAUACGAUAACAAUCCAAUUAGUAUGGAAGAAUUCACUACCAAGAUCCAGUCAAGAGCACAGGGGGUGUGUGAUAAAAAAGUGCCAGAUUUUCUUUCUACCCUUAAAUUGUUAUGCAGGAGAGGCCUUAUUUUUUCUCUUGAGGUACCAGAAAAUGAGACAUUGAAGAGUUUUGAUGUGUUAUCUGAUUCGGCUACAAGGGUGCGUGAAAUUCUUAACGAUUUUGACGCGUUUGUCAAUGAUAUAUUAAUAAAAGAGGAGGAGUAUCUUGGUAAAGAAUGGCAAAACAAAGCGUUGUUCUUUGCAUGGUCCCACAAUGUGCGAAGUUUCAUCAACUACUACAAAAAAUUCCUGGAUAAAAUGAAUUCAAGCCUGUCCGAGAGUUGGUUAGCAAAACCAGUUAGAGAAGCUUACAUGAAAGAACUUUUCAUGGUCUUCUCGAAGAUAUUCUUUUUGGAACCAGAGUAUGUACCACAUUUUUGGACUUUGGGCUAUUGGUCAUUAUUUAUCAUGGUACUCCUAUGUUGGAAUUUGGGUUUUUGGUCAUUAUUUAUCAUGUUCACAUGUAUAAACAAACUUCAGCGCAGCGUUCUUCUGAUGCUUACAGAGGUAAAAAAGGUUGAGCAAUUGCCAGAAAAUGAGUCACCUGAGCUAAGAAAAGCAAAUGCAACAGGUGAAAGUUCAUCAGAUUCUGAUCAGAUUUCUGGAAAAUUCAUACUCAACAUACUAAGCAGCAAUGUUUUAGGACAGCAUGGCGGAGAGUUGCUUUCAGAGCUGCGAUCGUCUGCUUUUGCCCCAGCAAUGGUUGUUGGGUGUAUUUGUAAGGGCACAGAGAUCAUCUUUACGUUUAUGGAAAUGAUGCAAAAUCAUUUGAACAAAAUAGUUUACGAUGGAAAAUGUGAGGGUGAAUCCAGUAUAAUUCGGUAUACAAACCCUCUGAAUUACUUACUGGUAGAAGAACGUAACAAAUGCCUAGAUCUCCUGCUCCUGCUUGGUUUUAUACAGACGUGUUGGUAUGAAGCUCUAUACCCAAAAUAAAAUUAAAAAAAAACGGCUUCAUCU